AUCAUUCAUAACCAGAUAACUAUCUCUCCGUCAGCAGUUUUCAAGGACAUUGAUCGCCAUGCUCUCUGUGCGAAAAUGAUAGGGAAUCGAUUAGUCAUGUCUUGUUUCAUUGUUGGCCGGCUCGAGAAGUUUGGGAGAGGGUUAACAUCCCUUUGCCCACUCAUGGUUUCACACCGUCUAUUACUGAUAACUUAGACUUUGUCUUUAACUUAAUGAGUAACGAUGGUUUAUCUCUUUCUCUGAGAAUGGCCAAUCCAUGGUUACUUUGGGGAAUUUGGAAACAUCGGAACACAACGGUAUUGGCGGGAACACAAGGCGACUUAAAUGCACUUAUAGCUCAUGCUUUUGAAGAAUCUAAGGUGUGGAACAAGUUAAGGACGAUGCCAACCCAGUCUGUAACUCGUCUUUCGCUGAAUCCUAGAUGUGCAGUUAGAUGGACUAAGCCACCACUAGAUACGCUUAAAUGUAAUAUACAUGUUUCUUGGCUUAAUGAUGUUCACAUCUGUGGCGGAGCUUGGAUUGUCAGGAAUCAUCAUGGGGACGCUGCUUUUCAUGCCCGAGAAAUGUUUUUACCAGCGUCAAAUCGUAUUGCUGCGGAGUUGAGAGGGGUUUUAUGGGUCUUACACAGUUUACGUGACCUACACUUAGAUAACAUUGAGAUAUGAUC